AUGGACAAUUUAAAACAGUUUAAUACAAUGGCAUCUGACGACAAUUGGCGAACUCCUAGUUUUCGACAGACAGUGGUCACAAAAAUUGAAGAAGUUAUACAGAGAUCUGGUAUGCAAGUGGCUAGAAACAGUAGCGAAAUGGAGAACCAUGUUUUUUCAAAGGCAAAGACUCGUGAGGAGUACAUGAACAUGGUUGCUAAACUCAUACUACAUGUGAGAGAGAUGUCCCAACCUAAGCAAAAUCAAGGAGCACCAAAUAUGCAAGGACCUAAUCAGAACCAACCCGGUCCUAACCCUCAAGUCCAAACUCAGCCGGGUCAGGCCCAGCAAGCCCCCAAUGCUCAAUCUGGCAUGAAUCCUGACCCUAUAAACGCACUACAAAAUUUAGCAUCACAAGGGUCCCGGAAUCAGAUGAUGAAUAUGGGUUCUCAGGGUCAGAUGCAACAACAGGGUGUGCUUGGGCCCAACCCUGGCAUGGGUGGCAUGCAGCAACAGAUGGGGCAGCAAGGACCUAUCGUCUCACAAGGUGGCCCUCAGGCCCAGACAGCUACUAAUUUGCUACAAACUUUGACUCAAAGACCUCAAAUGAACAUCCAGUUGCAAAACAAACUCAGUAGUGGAAUGGGAAUGGUACCCAAUCAAGGGCAGAUGGGUAACAAUAUGGGUAUGGGAGGCAUGGGUAAUCCUAUGGGGAGUCAACUGCAAAGUCAGCUAGCUGGACCGGGUAUGCAGGGCCAGAUAAUGCCAAACAUGUCAAUGCAAAAUAACAUGUCGGUGCCUAUGAGUGCUGCUAACUCUAUGGGUGGCCAGAUGGGUGGACCAUGCAAUCAGGUGGGAGGGAUGGGGGCGCAGAUGGCUCCGAAUUCCAUGCAGGGACAAAUGCCAGGACAAAUGGUUGGCAACAUGGGCAACAAUCAGAUAGUAGGUCUGAACAUGUUGCACAUGCAGGGUAGAGUACAGAACAAGCCUGAAGUGGUUGGUGGAAUGUUGGGCGCUGGAUACGCGCAAGCUCGCGGCCCCGCACCUAACCAGUUCCUGAGGCAGAGUCCGUCCCCUUCGGCACCUUCACCUAAUAUGGGCGGACCUAGCCCCGUCUCUAUGGGGGUGAUGGGUGGCGGGGGCGUGGGCGUGGGCGUGGGCGGCGGGCCGAUGCCGUCGCCGCUGUCGGGGCUGGGCGCGCUGGGCGCGUGCGGCGGCAGCCCCUCGCCCUCCGCCCCGCCGCAGCACAUGGCGCACCACCACGCGCAGCAGCAGAGGGGCGUGGGCAUGGGUAUGGUGGCAUCCCCGUCGUCGUCGCUGAACACGCCGGUGGGCGGCGGUGGCGUGGCGUCGCCGGGCGGCGAGGAGGCCGCCUACCGCGAGAAGGUGCGCCAGCUCUCCAAGUACAUCGAGCCGCUGCGCAGGAUGGUGCACCGGAUGAUGAGCGAGGGGGAGAACGUGGAGAAGUUGACCAAGAUGAAGAAUCUAUUGGAGAUCCUGCAGAGUCCCAACAAGCGUAUGCCGCUGGAGACCCUGAUCAAGUGUGAAGUGGUGCUGGAGAAGCUGGACUUCAAACGCAGCGAGGGCGUCGUCGUCGGGCUGCCGCCGGGCAAGGAGCCAAUCUACAACCCGUUGUUGGAGGUUGUGAACAAUUGUCUCCAAUCUCCGCUCGCGAAUCACACGCUCAAGCGGACCUUCGGCUCCACGCUCGACGCGCUCAAUGGGCCUGAAAUCAAGAAUUUGCCACCACCACAUAAAGUACAGAAAGUCGAAGAACCGACAAUGGAUAUUCCAGACGUGUUGCAAGGUGAAAUAGCAAGAUUGGACUCGAGAUUCAAGGUGUCCCUGGAGACCAUGCAGCUGUCCGGCGGCAGCGGCGCCAUCUCGCUGCUGGCGCAGCUGGACGACGCGCGGCUGCCGUGCGUGCCGGGCGUGCACGUGGCGGUGCCGCGCGACUACCCGCGCCGCGCGCCCGCCCGCCUGCGCGCCCCCGCCCCCGCCGCCGCCGCGCGCCGCCCCGCCGCCGCCCACCACGCGCCCGCCACCGCCGAGCAGUCCUCCUUCCUGGCGCGCGUGGAGCAGGCCAUGGACGCACGGUGUGCCAGACUACCAAAACGCUGUUCAGUGGGUCAACUACUCGACGCUUGGGAAAUGAGCGUGCGACAAGCGUGUGCUCCUAGCCCUACAGCAUACACGCCAGUACCAGCUCUAGGACUGUAA